GAUCAACCACGGCCCUCUUGUGAUAGAUGGUAGAAACUCGAAACUCCAAAUAUACAGAAAAUUCUUACGCACCAACGUUUGCGGAGAAUCGAUACCCAGUGAAAAAUAGCAUCUCCCUUUGGUUACUCUAAUAACUGAUUCCUCUCUUUCCUUGAACCAUAAGAAGAACUCAUCAGAAAGAGAAUAACUUAAAGCAGCCGUAGUGAACAUUUGAAUUCACCUAAUUUUCUUUUUAAAAAAGAAAACUAAAUAGUAAAUAACCCAACCCUUCAUUAUCCUCCUCCCAUUCAAAAUGGACCCCCACUCCUCCUCCUCUUCCUCCCGUCCCACUCCUCCCUCUAUAACCCUUCCAUGGCGUCCUCCCCCACCUCCCUCUCCCUCUCGUUGGACUCCACCCUCCACCCCAUCCUCUCUCGCCAUCACAACCCUCGCCAUUCUCAUCGCCCCUUCUCCCUCUCCAAACCCUACGCUUUCGCUCGCUCUCUCCUCCGCCGCCGCCGCUCCUCUCUCCCCGCCCCUCCCGUCGCCGCCGACUCCUCCCUCGGCGGCGGCGGCGGCGGGGGAUGCUUCCUCGACCUCGACGCCCCGGAGCGGCUCCGCGUGCUCGAAGAGUUCCGCUACGAGCACGAGUUCGAGCACGGGUCGCUGCUGAUCCGGGCCAUGAACGAGUCCGAGCUCGACGCCGCCGUCGAACUCCUCGCCGAGUCGUUCAGCGAGUCCAUGUGGGCGCCGCCGCGCUACACGCAGCUCCUCGCCUUCCUGGUGAAGCAGUACGUGGUGGAGCGGCGCCGCCUCGUCCCCCACGCGGUGGUGCUCGUGGGCCUGUACACGAGCAAGAAGGGCGCGGAGGAGGCGGAGCUCGCGUGCACCGCCGAGGUCUCCUUCGACGCCGUCGGCGCCAUCGCGGCUCCCCCGACGCCGCCGCCCCCGCCCGAUUGCCCCUACAUCUGCAACAUGACUGUGAAAAAGUCGCUUAGAAGGAGGGGAAUUGGAAAGCAACUCCUGAAAGCGUGUGAGGAGCUGAUAAUCCGAAUGGGAGCUAAAAGAACUGUAUAUCUCCACUGCAGAAUGGUCGACAAAGUUCCAUUUAAGAUGUAUAAAAAAGCUGGUUACGAGGUUGUCCGAACUGACAGUAUCUUAGUUUGGCUGAGUGUUCAGCGGCGCAAGUACUUAAUGCGCAAACAACUACCAGAAUCACCUUGUGAUAGUCAAUGUAAUGCAACAUAUUUUAGCGAUCAAUCCGUCGCAUAACUUUCAUAUUUCACGUUGUAUCAUACUCGCAUCUUAGUUUGCUGGGGGUCAUGUUCAUCUCCUGAUAUUCAAAAGGGUGACAAGAUUAUCCUGUCGUAACUGUAAAAUAGAUAGAUUUAUUUGACAUCAAAAUAAUACAUUCCGGUCAGUGCAAAUCUAUGUUCGUGCUAUUUUAAUUGCCAUAGUUUGAGCUAA